AUGAAGAGUAACUGGCAAGCUCCUGUUUUCUUGUACAUGUGGAGUUUUCUGUGGGCUCUGGUGUCAGCCAACGUCCAGCAGCAAACAAGGUUCCCAGUCACCUUCAGCUCUAACCAAAAGACUGACCUCUGCCCACCAAUCAGGACUGGCGAAGAUGACUUGCCAGGUUACGACCUGAUUUCUCAGUUCGAGCUAGAUAAAGCUGCCUCCCGAGGAGUCAUCCAGAGAGUGGUGGGCUCCACAGCUUUACAAGUGGCUUAUAAAUUAGGCACAAACGUAGACUUCAGGAUCCCAACCAGGUUUUUGUAUCCCAAUGGAUUGCCUGAUGAAUAUUCUUUUCUAACUACAUUUCGGAUGACUGGAAGCACACUUCAGAAAAGCUGGAGUAUUUGGCAGGUCCAGGAUUCGUCAGGAAAAGAACAAGUUGGAGUGAAGCUUAAUAGUCAAACAAAGGCUCUUGAGUUUUCUUAUAAAGGGCUGGAUGGAAGUCUCCAGACUGCAACCUUUUCACAUUUGCCUUUUUUGUUUGAUUCCCAAUGGCACAAGGUUAUGGUCAGCGUGGAAAAGAGCAAUGUCACUCUUUUUAUUGACUGCAUUAUGAUAGAAUCCUUACAGAUAAAGCCCAGGGGCAAAAUCAACGUGGAUGGCUUUGCUCUGCUGGGAAAACUUAUAAAUAAUCCUCAAGUUUCAGUUCCGUUUGAAAUCCAGUGGAUGCUGAUUCAUUGCGACCCUCUGAGACCACAAAGAGAAAGUUGUAGCGAACUUCCAGCCAGGAGACAGAUAAGCCAGACUGUCACGGAGAGAGGCCCCCCAGGUCCGCAAGGCCCCCCAGGUCCACCAGGGCCACCAGGAGUUCCUGGCAUCGAUGGCAUCGAUGGAGACAGAGGUCCCAAUGGCCCCCCAGGCCCUCCAGGUCCGGAUGGUGAGCCAGGCAAACCAGGUGCCUCCGGGAUGCCAGGAGAGCCAGGAGCUGAUGGACUGACAGGCCCUGAUGGAUCGCCUGGCCCAGCUGGACCCCGAGGACAAAAGGGUGAACCUGGAUUGCCCGGAGGCCGUGGACUUCCAGGUAAGGGGAUUCUUGGACCAGCAGGUCCCCCUGGUGUAGCAGGACUUCCUGGUGAAGUAGGCCGUGUUGGUCCAUCCGGUGAUGCUGGAAAGAGAGGUCCUCCAGGCCCACCAGGGCCCCCAGGUCCCAGAGGAACAAUUGGGCUGCAUGAAGGAGAUCCACUGUGUCCCAAUGCUUGUGCACCUGGUCGUCCAGGACACGCUGGCCUAAUAGGAAUGAAGGGUCACAAAGGAGUAAAAGGAGAGGAUGGUGAACCAGGGAAACAAGGUCAUAAGGGUGAGGAAGGUGCCCAGGGAGUCCUAGGUGAUGUCGGAGCUCAAGGCCCUCCAGGGAUUCAAGGUUUGAGAGGCAUAACUGGUAUAAUGGGAGCCAAAGGGAACAAAGGUGCUCGUGGCCUUGAUGGUGACCCUGGUCCACGAGGGCUCCCUGGUGGAUCUGGAGACCAGGGACAGAGAGGUCUACGGGGAGAGACAGGUCCGAAGGGAGACAGGGGUCCUCAAGGUAUUAGAGGAAUAACUGGCCUCCCUGGGCCUAAAGGAGAAGCUGGCUUACCGGGGGUUGAUGGCCGGGAAGGUAUCCCUGGAAUGCCUGGAGCAAAGGGUGAACCAGGAAAACCUGGUGCUCCAGGUGAUGCAGGACUUCAAGGACUGCCAGGUUUACCUGGCUCCCCAGGUGCAAAUGGUGUUUCUGGCCCAAAGGGUAAUGCAGGUGCCCCUGGGAUACCAGGUUUGAUGGGAAAUUCUGGUAAACCUGGCGAACAAGGAUCACAGGGGAUAGAGGGACCAAUAGGACCAAGGGGUCCACCUGGUAGCAGAGGUGAGCCAGGUCCUGCCGGGCCUCCAGGUCCACCAGGGAAACUGGGUCCUGAAGGGGACCUAGGACUACCGGGACUGCCAGGUCCUUCAGGCCUGCCUGGCGCCAAAGGUGACAGGGGAUUGGUUGGUGAGCCAGGGCCUAAAGGUGAACAAGGUCCUGCUGGAGGAGAAGGAGAACCAGGAGAAAGGGGUGACCUGGGUGAUAUGGGAUUGCUGGGCCCAAAGGGAUCAGUUGGUAACCCUGGUGAGCCUGGCCUUCGUGGACCUGAAGGAAGUCGUGGACUGCCUGGCAUAGAAGGGCUACGAGGCUCACCUGGACCUCGCGGUUUGCAAGGUGAACAAGGUGCUCCAGGUCUGCCUGGCAGCCAGGGUCCAGCAGGUAGAGAGCCAACAGAUCAGCACAUUAAACAGGUCUGCAUGAGAGUCAUGCAAGAACAACUUGCUCAGCUAGCAGCCAGCCUUAGGAGGCCUGAAUCUGGUGCUACAGGUCUCCCAGGUCGACCUGGACCACCAGGUGCUCCCGGGCCUCCUGGUGAAAACGGCUUCCCAGGACAGAUUGGAUCCCGUGGUUUGCCAGGUCUUAAAGGUCCUCCUGGUGAGAUUGGUUUUAAAGGUCCAAAAGGUGAAGCUGGUGAAAAGGGGGAGAGGGGAUUUCCAGGCAGAGGACCCAAAGGCUUACCUGGAACAACAGGUCUUCCAGGUGAACCCGGCAAACCCAGCUAUGGAAGGGAAGGCCGUGAUGGUGAACGAGGCCCACCAGGAGUGGCUGGUCAGCCUGGAGUACCUGGUCCUCCAGGUCCUGCCGGUCCUCCGGGAUAUUGUGAGCCAUCAUCUUGCACAGUGCAAGCUGGACAGAGAGCUGGUGAGAACGUGAAAGGGCCAUGA